UGCAGCGUUACGAGUGCGAGUGUGUAUGAGUGUUUGCGAGUGUGUACGAGUGUGUAUGAGUGUGUACGCUGAAGAGGUACAAAGUUCUUCAGACUUUUUUAAAAAGCGCGACCUUGUCAUUUCAGUGCCUCGGAUUUUUACCUGUGAUCCACUGUUGGAAGGCUAUACGAUCCUCGACAGUGUUCUGAGACUGUAUAGCCUCGCGUCCUGCAUAUUUUUAACCUGGAAUGGAUUUUAUGUCUUUCUUUUUAACCGCGUAACUUUUUUUUGGGUUGGUUGUUUUAUAGCCUAAACCUGCGCGCGCACAGGAGUGCUUGUCAUUGUGCUUGUCAAACUAUCUUUUGCACGCGCGCGUGUGUAUGUCUGUGCGUGUGUGCGUGCGUGCGUGUGUGUGUGAGAGAGUGAAGUUCGGAGAAAUUACUGGAACGAGCGUGUGAGUGAGUGAGACCUAACUUCUAAAAGAUGACAGCCGAGAAAGACAAGAAAAGGAGCACUUCAGAGCGGCGGAAGGAGAAAUCCCGUGAUGCGGCUCGCAGCAGACGCAGUAAGGAGACGGAGGUGUUCUAUGAGCUGGCGCACCAGCUACCUUUGCCUCACAGCAUCAGCUCGCAUCUGGACAAGGCCUCCAUCAUGAGGCUGGCCAUCAGCUUCCUGCGGACAUGCAAGCUCUUCACAUCAGGCUGCCAUACCAGUGAAACAGACAUAGACAGACAAAUGGACAGUCUUUAUAUGAAGUCACUAGAAGGCUUCAUCUCUGUGGUAACAUCAGACGGAGACAUGAUCUUCCUCUCAGAGAAUAUCAACAAAUUCAUGGGGCUGACACAGGUUGAACUGAUAGGCCACAGUAUCUUUGAUUUCACACACCCCUGUGACCAUGAUGAGAUACGUGAGAACCUCAGCCUCAAAACUGGUGUGGGGAAGAAAGGCAAAGAGAUAAACACAGAGAGAGACUUCUUCAUGAGAAUGAAAUGCACUGUGACAAGUCGAGGGCGCACCGUCAACCUUAAAUCAGCCAGCUGGAAGGUGCUACACUGCACAGGUCAUGUGAAAUUGUAUAACAGCUGUCCUACACGCACUCUAUGUGGAUAUAAAGAGUCACCACUCACCUGUGUGGUCAUGCUGUGUGAACCGAUCCCUCACCCCUCCAACAUCGACACACCAUUCGACAGCAAGACCUUCCUCAGCCGACACAGCAUGGACAUGAAGUUCACCUACUGUGACGAGAGGGUAACUGAGUUAAUGGGCUACAGUCCUGAAGAUCUACUGGGUCGCUCUGUGUACGAGUUCUACCAUGCCCUCGACUCUGAAAGUGCCACCAGAAACCACCAGAAUUUAUGUACAAAAGGCCAGACUGUGAGUGGACAUUACCGGAUGUUGGCCAAGCACGGGGGAUUUGUGUGGGUGGAGACUCAGGGCACUGUCAUUUACAGUAGUCGUAACUCUCAGCCACAGUGCAUCGUGUGUGUCAACUAUAUCCUGAGUGAUAUUGAGGAGAAGUCCACUAUCUUCUCUAAAGACCAGACAGAGUCAUUGUUGAAGAAACAUAUGAACAGUUUCUUCAGCCAGGCUGGAUCUACCGUGGCCUCUGAGACUAGUGGAGACCUCUUCACCAAGUUCAAAGAGGAACCAGAGGAUCUCACUCACUUGGCACCGACUCCUGGUGAUGACAUCAUCCCCCUGAAUUUUGUAGGUCAUCCUUCAUUUGAGAAAUACCCAGUGUGUUCUAAGGUUUCUCCUAUGCAUCCUUCUGCAACUCACUCAGUCACUGAGGGCCAUAACAUGCCUAAAAUUGGUGGCAACUUCUCUAUACCUCAAGCUCCACCAACCAGCAGUGCCACUCCCAGCCUCAGCAGCUGCUCCACGCCCAGCAGCCCAGAUGAUUAUAAAAGCCCAGUGGAUGACCUGAAGAUGGAGAUCACAGAGAAACUGUUUGCUAUGGACACCCACGGCAAAAGCUCCAACAGCCAAGAGACUGACCUGAGUGAUUUAGACCUGGAGACACUGGCCCCUUACAUUCCAAUGGAUGGUGAAGACUUCCAGCUUAAUCCCAUCUGUCAGGAGGAGACUCUGCCUGAGGCUGUUGCUCCAGGCAUUACUCAGUACAACUUCAGCAACAUCGCCAACUUCUUCCAGCCACUUACCCCACCUCCAGGUGCCCACUUCCUGCCAAACCCGCACUCUGCUAGUGAGAAUCAGACCCCCAGUGCUGCCACAAUGGAGCAGUGGCCCCCCAUAUUUUACCCCAGCCCCAUGCCUCUGGCACACCACAACAAUCCAGCCAACACACCACUAGCCUCUAUGGGUGGGCAUCAUAGUCUGCAGUGGCCACCUGACCCGCCAAUAAAUUACCCCAAUACCAAAGGUGGUAUGAUGGACUCAUUGGCAGAAAAGCACUCCUGCCAAGCUCUGCAAACAAACUGCAUGUCCCUCCACAGUCAAAGGUCCAUGGAGAAAUACAGACCUUGUAAAGCCUACAGAGACAUAAGCCCAAGCCGGAGCACAAUACCAAACACUAUGAAGCGAUCAUUUUUGCAGAUGAGCACAGGGGUUUCAUCUGCUAUCAAGCCACCUGAGAUGUGGAAAAGGAUGAAGAAUGAAAGCUGUGCCAUUUUGAACAGGAUGUCUCAAAGCAACAGUGCCUUAACAGAUGAGCACAAGGGCCACCAGCAGAGAAAAGCUCAGUAUCAAGGUAAUCAAACAGUGCUGGGGAAAAAAGAUUACUCAGAACAGUGCUGUAACUACACAGACUACAACAUGCACCCUAACACGAAAAUGGAAGGUGUGGCGAGUCGUCUGCUUGGGCCCUCGUUUGAGAUGUACUAUCUGCCCGAGCUGACACGUUAUGACUGCGAAGUGAACGUCCCCCUGCAAGGCAACCUGCAUCUGCUUCAGGGCAGUGAUCUACUGUGUGCUUUAGACCAGGCCACCUAGAGUAACCUUUUCUUAGUCAGUUAACCUAGCUACAGUAUAUCACUCACAAUACCUGGAGUAUCAACCACAGUCCUGAUUACAUUCAUGCACCAUGUUCUACCCUUUCCACUACAAAUUGUAGUAUCGUUCUCUCAACAUACCCCACUUGAUUCAUCAGCCAAUCAAUUCACGAGCACAGAUUGUGCACAGUAGCGGGUCUUAAAUGCACACACAUCUACCCAACCCUACCAUAUAUAAUGAGAAUGUAGCUUUCUGUUUUUAUUGUCUUCAUCUUUAUAAAUUAUAUGCAGUCCUAUACAUAGUAUAAUACAGUAUACACACAUUAUAUAGUAUAUUUUUAGUUACAAAAGAGAUUUCUUAAAGGUGCAAUAGUCUUUUUUUUUUAUUAUUAUUUCUAACUUUCUACAAAUAACCUGGAAGGUGUAAAAUGUAAAAACAUGCUAAAAUAUAACCAUUUAAGUCAUGGUCGUGGCACACGUAUGCCAAGUGGCUGAGAAAACCCAUUUGGAGAAACUGACUUCUGGGUCUGAAAUCCUUGUUUGUGUUUGAAUUGAAUUCAAAAUCGAAUUGAAUGUGCCCCUUGUCACUCAUGUUAGAGACUCUCUACAGGCCAACGUAGAUCCUGAGGGUGGAGCUUCAUUAACAUGGGUGCAAAUUAAGGGGUUGGCUCAAAGAGUAAAGAAAAAGCAUUUCUAUCAUUUCUAAGUCAAAUCCACCUACUUACCUGUUAGAGCCAUAAUGCACCUUUAAUGUGCUGAAUAAUUUUGCAUGUUAUGUUCAUUUUACUGUUUCUGUGCCUUCAGCUACACUUUUUCGUGCACUUCUUUCUGUUUCUAACUGUCCUACUCUCUUGAAGAAUGAUGAUCUACUGUAAGAAUGUUAUUUGACCUUCAAUUUUCUGUAUUUCUCUCUAAAUUUCCUACCUCUGACACCUUGAGCCUAUACAGUACCUGUAAUAUGUAUGCAUGCUUUAGUGCCUUCUCUGUUCAGUUCCAGUGUUACAGCACUACUUUUUCUUUCUGUCACUCUCCCUCUCCGGUUCUCUGUCCAUUGCCUUUUGUGUGCAGAUGACUCUAUAUAGUGUUUAUUUUUGUCAUUUUAGCUGUAUACAUGAUAUUUAAAGGAGGAUUCUAUAAAGUUUUUAUGAUAAAGUUCUCUAUAAUGUAAAAGUUGUAGCACUCAAAUACCUGGGUACUUUGUCUUGUCUACUCAGUAGAUGUGGAUCGGAGUGCUGAAUUUAAGUGGUCUUUAGUGCUGGCUCCUUUCUAGUGGUAUUUUUUUUUCCUUUGUGAUACAUAAAAGCAUAUUAUAUUUGUUGGCAGGCCAGUGCAGAUUUCUUUUUACUCUAAUAAGAAAUGAGGAGAGAAAAAAAACAAAAACAAAGAAAAAUUAUUAAAAUAAAAAAGUCUGUUUUUGAGAUGUAGCAAAUUUAGCUAAAGUUCUAACCAACAUUUUCAAUUUUAUCAUUUCUUAACGAUAUGUGUGGCAUUUGUGGUAAGAAACUGUCUUUAGUACUUCUAACAGUGUUUCUGUCACACUAGUUGAGGUUGUCUUUAAAGUCGAAUGAACUAGUAUAAUAAUGGAUCAAUAAAUUUUGACUUAAUUACCGAAGCUUUCGCUUGAAAGCGUACUCUUCCUGCUUUUUUUUUUUUUUUAAUACUUGUAUUUGUUGAUCUAAUCAACUAUUUUUUCACCCACAAACACAUCACAAAUCUGCAUUUGCUCAUUGUCAUACACAUUGGUCAGUUUUAGUUGAUAGUAGCUAAGAAUAGCUAAGAAAUCAAAACAAUACAAUCAAAUAUAAUGUUUUGUUUGAGUUUAAUACAAUAUGAAACAUUUACCCAAAAACAUUGCCCAAUGAGAUUCUAGGCUGGACGGUGUAUUUUUUUAUACUAUGCAGAUUUGAGGGUUAAGCAGCUCAGUAGAUGCUGAUUAGCAGUGAAGGAUUGCAAGUGGGAUUCUCCAAAAGUAGAAAUUAACCUCAAACCUAAGAUUUCUAGUACAGGCCUGUAAAAAUGUCCUUGAUGAACUUUACAUGUAUUUUUUUUUUAAAAGAUUCCUCCAUCCUAUCUGAUACAAUGCUAGGACAUUAUGCACAGUAGACACAAUAUCAGGCCAAUGUUAGAUAAAUGGAGAGAGAUAGCAGCAAUCACUGUAGUUAGAUACAGAGAUACAGCCUGCUCGGUCUACCCACUGAUGUACAUCUCUUCAGUCUGAACAACAUCUCUGUCCAUCUGUUUUCCUCUGUCUAGAAAUGACACAUUACUGUAUUUUUUAAAAUGCUAACCUGAGAUUACGUUGAUGCUCUUUGAACCUCCUGACCCAAGUAAGUGUCAUUCAGGACAUAGCUAUAUACACGCACACAUACUGUAAACACUAUAUAAAUAGGUAUACUUAAUAACAUUAAUAUAAUUACAUGCACAUCAUUUUUUUUUUCUUGAGAAACAUAAUAUAAAGCAUAGUCAAGAUAUACACUGAUGAUGAAACUCCGACGGCUGAAAAACAGCCUCAGGGCCAGACGUAUGUGACUCGAUGCGGCCCCAGAUUGCAUCUGACAUUUGUUCAAUUUACUUGAAAUGCAAGUAAUGAAGCGAUAAUAAUAAUAAAGAUAAUAAUACAGACCCUUGUGUCAGAACAAGAAAACGGUGUUGAGGGCAUUAAUAUGGCUCAUGUGCCAUGAAAUCCCCAAUUGGCUUAAACCUAAUAGCAAAAAAUGUGCAUAUAUAAUUGUGUUAAAAUAGUAUUAAAUUGUUCCUUUCCUUAUCACUUGGGUGGAGCCCGCAAGGAUAAAUAAUCUGUAUUUGUAAUAUCUUAUAAUACAAUAUCUUUAAUAUGUAUCUUUCACCUAUGUAGUGUACCUAACGUGAUUAUAUAAUUGUACCAUAAUUAUUUUUUAGAUUAAAGCUAAUAGUACACCUUUCUAGGUAAAUUAUGCACAUUAAAGGUGUAUUCUUGCGUGUACCACCUCAGCAACAAGGAAAGGUACAGUCGAGUACCUUACUAAGGCUUCAUCCCAAUGGAUGUAAACAGUAUUAAAGCAGCAAAAUUCAAUUGUGCAAAAUUUAAAUAUGGUGUCGCAUUAUUACAGUAAAUCUUCUUCAUGAAGGAAUAUCUUUGAGAAGUAAUGAAAGGGAAAACGCACCUGACAUUUACACCUGAGGCUGAUAAAUCACACACAACCCUGAUUAUCACUAAAUGCCCUACAGUACGUAAGCAAUCAGCUCCACUUUCCACUUCUUGACCUUUUUUGCACAUUUUCUACUGUACAUGACACCUAAAUAUUUUUUUUUGCUGAAUAUGUAGCAUGGAAGUGUGCAUAAAAUAAAAAACACCACCACAUCCAUUUUAAAAGGUAUUCUUAAAGUAUCCAUAAACAGGAAAUGAACAGGAAUUAAUUUUUGAAAUGAACAGGAAUUUUUUGCUGAAAUGUUCACUACAGAGAUUAAUGCCAAGGUAAAAUGCUGUAAAAAGUUAACCUUCAUUAUAUUGUGAUACUGUUUAGAUGUCUAUUUUCUAAAACCAUCUCCCAUUGUCUCCUUAAACGUUUGGGCUUGUUAGUAACACUAAGCAAUUCUGUAUUUUAUGUGCCAAUAACACAUCAAUAUCACUAUUAUUAUUAUUAUUAUUAUUAUUAUUAUUAUUAUUAUUAUUAUUAUCAUCGUAGCAGUAGUAGUUGUUGUUGUUGACAUUAAUGUAUGGGAAAUAUUACCCGGGGAAUAGUUGUAUCUCUGCACUGAUAUCCUAAUAAAACAUAUCGAUCUUUA